AUGUCACAGACAUUCAGUGUAGCUGUGUUAUGUGUGUUCUUUUCAUAACUGAAGUGUUAAACAAGCUGUAGUCUUCAGUUGUGUUGUGUUCUGGUUCUUCAGAGCCUCAUUUUCACACAUUAGCUACUGCAACUGCUUAAUUUUCAACAGCAGCUAGUUCUUAAAAUGAGUCAGGAUAAUACUCCAGUUUACAUCACUGCAGGAGUUUCAGGAGGUCUCUUUUUUGCACUUUUUGUGAUAGUUAUCUUCACAUACUGGCAGCUCAGUAGGUUAAUGAAGAGGUUCGAAAAACUGCAGCAGAAGGACAAUAAUGUAUACCAUUACCUGAGCCCAACCAUACAACCAGAUGAAGAAUUAUCCAAAAGAGGAUUCUCCAUGUACACAGGGGAUAACGUGGAUGCUGAAGGUGCACAAAGGUCUUCUAGAAGAAGCAGCAAUUCUGAAGAUAAUCGAUAUAGCAUCUCAAACUUAGUGUUUGCGCAUGAAAGGCAAAACAGAGAUACUGAAAGAGAGCAGAGUUCUUCCAGCAGCAGCAGUAAUGGUAGAGACCAAAAUAGCACCUCAAACUUAGUAUUUGCUCAUGACAGGUACUGAAGCUUUGGUGCAUUUAUGAUUAUAUAAAACUGGUUCUACUUGAGAAAGUAUUUGGUACAUUCCUCCAAAUACAGAAGAAAAUUUAGUAUUCAGGGUGCAUAACUACUGAAUGACAAUCAUACCAACUUCAAUCUCAAAUUGACAGUGUAUCUCAUAGAUUUGUGAACUGAAGAAAUAUUUAUUGUAAUUUUGAACAACCCUCAGAUAAGAAGCUGUGAAGCACCUGUUCAAAUAUUAGACAAAUCUAUAUCAUAUUUUACUUUUUACAUAAUUUUAUUAUUCGACUGAGCGAGGUGGCGCAGUGGUUAGCACACUGGACUCGCAUUCGGGAGGACGACGGUUCAAUCCCGUCUCCAGCCAUCCUGAUUUAGGUUUUCCGUGAUUUCCCUAAAUUGUUUCAGGCAAAUGCCGGGAUGGUUCCUUUGAAAGGGCACGGCCGAUUUCCUUCCCGAUCCUUCCCUAACCCGAGCUUGCGCUCCGUCUCUAAUGACCUCGUUGUCAACGGGACGUUAAACACUAACCACCUCCCCCCCUAUUAUUAUUCAUCAUUCUAUUUAAAAUAAGUCAUACUAAUAGCCAACACUGAACAUUGUUAUGUGUUAAGGAACAACUAUAGUUGAGUUAUCCUGAACCAUUAAAACAAAUUUAGAUCAUAUUUCAGAUUUAUAUCUUAUCAUUCAUGAUGCUCAUCUCAGCAACAUAUUCUAAUAACAAAUAUAGAAUAUUAUUAUAUAUUAAACAACAACUUAUCCUACAACAGAUGAAUGCUAUAUUUAACAUGUAAUGCUGAUUAUCACAUCUGAAUCAAAGUUAAGUGAAAAACUUUGGAAAAAACUGUAAAUUCUGUUUCAUUUUCCUUUCUGAGUGCAUAACAAAUAAGGCUGCAAUGUAAUUGUCAAAGAUUUUAAUUAAAAAUGAUUGUAUCACACUGUAAGUGGUCUUUGUAAACGCAUAUCACUGCACAUUUUAAAAUGCUAUCUUAUCCUAACUAGAUCCUUAAAACAUAGGACAAUUUUACUCAAAGUAAUAAUUGUAUACAGUCCCUGAUUUGUUUAAGGCUACAUUUUUCUACUCUAAUAUGAAUUCACAUGCAAGAAGUUAUUGUGCAACAUGUUUCACUUAUUGGUUCAUGAAGCAAUUCUGUUGUUUUCAAUGAUAAUUCACUGACAGAUGAGUCAAACACUUUGUUAAAUCACAUGAGAUUUCAUUUUCAUUCCAUGCACUAUAUCUGUGACAUUGAAUGUCACGAAUUACGGCCACUUUUAUUACUGUGUGUGCAUGCAGAAUACGCUGCUUUCAUUCAGAAUGUUUAUUCAUCCCUAGUG